AUUUAAGUUGCCAAUAUUUGGAGCAGCUUGUAGUUGAGUUGAUGCUGUAGGAGAGGACGUAUGAGUUGCUGUCAGGAAUUCAUUCUCUGGUUACCUCUCGUCAGUGAGCUUUUCUCGGCAAACAGCCCCGUCAUACGAUUUAUCUGACGAGCUCUGAGUACAAAACGCAAUAAAAACUGUACUCUGGAUUUACUCUCAGCAUGGUACAGUAUUUCGCUCUUCUGUCAAUUCUUUGUGUUUCUGGAGGUUCCCUGGGAACAACUACCUCUCCUCAACAACAAAACGCCACAAAGAUAAAAGAAUCAUGUGAGGUAAGAGACAGAUGUGGGUAAAAAGGAGCGCGCCGUGAAUUUGAAGCACUGACAAGCUUGUCCCUUUAACGGCCAACAGGAAACGAUGGUUUCAUGUCUAAAGAUUACUACUUGAGAUUCACCCUAUUCUCCACGCUUCAACCUUAAUUUGCCUAAGGUUUUUAGGAUUUAGCAACUGUUUUAGGAAAAUAAAAACCCGAUUUAUUUUGAGACAGUCUUACAAAAGCAAUUAUAAGCGAGUAAGAUUUGUUUGUCUGUUUAGUUUUAGUUUCAGUUUUACUUUAGUUUUGCUUUUGUUGUUUUUGCAUCGCAUUGCAGAGAAACCAGCCACGGAUUAGAAUACCGGGAUUAGGCCAAAUUUUAAGCUACAAUCCUGGACAAAAGUACUUGAGAAAAUGUUUUCAUUAAUGCACACUACCUAACGCAACAAAACUGUUUCCAAAUCAACGGCUUUGCGUAAAGAAUACCCCCUCCCCCAAUUCAAAGUUGCUUCCUAGAAAUGCUUAGGGAUCUGGCUUUCUUUAGAAGACCCAACAACAUUGCUUCCAGGGGGAGGUGGGGAGGGAAGAAUCGGUCGGCUACGAAGUUCAGAAAAAAUGCCCGCAAAUAUGCAACUUUCUCAACAGUUUUGUCCAAGAUUGUAGGUUUUCUUGUCUAAGAACAUGUUACUCGAGCUUACAACAUACUUUGGUGUCUUUACUCCGAGAUUCAGUGAUGAUAACAUAGAAUUUUACUCUAGGUAAAGCAUAGGAAGGUAAAUACAAAAAUAGAAAAAAGUUGUUUAAUCCUGGAUUAGCAAAGCAAAAGUUAGCAAAGGCCAAAAGUAGCGACUCUCAGUAAAUAAAUAAAUAUUGUUAUAAAAAAACAAUACACGUUGUUUUAAAUCAGCUUCGCAGUAGUCUUUGGACUUCUCGUUCUUGGGUCUUUAUAUUUUGGCUAAUUAGAUCUCUUUCCUAGAGAUGCAACGUUUACAACUAGCAGGAUCUUCGUCCACGGUUUUUGAAGUUAAAUUAAUCUUCAGAAAAUAACGGCCUUCCGAAAGUAACGACUUCAGAAGAUAUUUUCCUUUUUGCUAGAACUAACGGACACUAUAGAUAGAAAAAGCUUUAUCAAACUGAUCCGCGGUUUAUUUUGAACGGUUAUAUUGAUCUUUGAGAUUCCUUUACGUACAUGUCAAUGAAACUCUAAAUGUAACACAAUGAAAUUCCAAAGGUGCAUUACUUUUUUUUUUCUUCCUUUCAUCUUUGAAACAGUUCUUUCGAACUUUUAUUUAAAAGAAAUAAGAUGAAAUAAUUUUUUAAAAGAUAAAAAGUGUGGCAAUAACAUGAAAUAAGUUCUCCGAAUAAAAUGCAUGUGUAGAUGUUUUCACAUUUGUGGCGAUACUAUUGCCGUAACUUCGUACGGCCUAAGUAUGGUACACGGAUUAGCUACCCGAAAGUAGCGAGCUUCCGAAAGCAGCGAUAGGAAAGGGCUGCUAAAUCCAAAAGUAGCGAGGGACGUCACUUUCGAAAAUUUACGGUACUAUAACAAAUUUUCAGUAAACGCGGUCGAAAUCAUGAAUUGAACUUUGAACAGCAGCACUGCUGCUUUUAAUUCAACCACAAAUCGUAUUCGCUUACUCUUUGGCGUCAAUUGGCACCUUAACAACUAGAAAAAGCUUGUCCGAACAAUGGUUACAUAAUAAACCUGACAAUAACGGAAAUGUACUGCUCAAUUCCUCAGGUAAAUGACUUGCAUGAAAACCUGCCUCUCCACGUUUAAAAACCGCUUUGAAAAGCACAAAAGUGAACUCAAAGCCUGUGGUCACGACCAGAGGGGUAGGGACCGGUUAGUCACCUUUUUUUUGAAUGGUAUGAAUUAACGCCGAUGAAAUUACAAAAUUCCAUGGCAAGCUUCCGUAUAUCUCAGUGCCAAGAUAGCGACGAAGUUUAAAAAUCUUAUAAAUGAAGAUAUCAGGGCAUUAAAAGACGCUUUAGAAAAACUUAACGCACGAAAGAGCACAUCAAGAAGCGUUGUAACAGGUAUUUUGUCAAAAAAUUUCUGAAAAUUCUCAAUUUAACCCAAAUUUAAGCUCUAAACGUUUGAGAAGUGGCGUUCUAGAUUGAUACGAACAAGGAUAAACUUGUCCAAAAUCCUCGAUUGCCAACGUAAUUCGUCACCCAUAAUAUUGAUAGGUAAAAAGGCCCGAGAAUGGGAUUCAGACAAAACACGUGUGAUAUUCUUCUCUAAUUUCACUCGCCACCAUUUGAUUACACAUACUAAUUAAAGUUUAUCAUUUCAGAAAUCUAUACUGGGUCAUGGUUUUCCUGGCAUUCCAGGAUCAAAUGGCAUGCCGGGAAUGCCGGGCGCUCCCGGGCCGCAAGGGCCCCAGGGCUCGCAAGGAAUGCCGGGUCCAAGAGGAGACAGAGGACGGGAAGGGCCUCCUGGGAAGAGCGGAUCGACAGGAAUUAAGGGAAUGAAAGGUGAGCGGGGAUUUGUGGGAAUAAAAGGACAGCAAGGUAUUGUGGGAAAUCAAGGAAGAAAAGGAGACAAAGGAGAGAAAGGAGAAAGCCCCAAAGCAAGUCAAGCAAGUGUAGUACCACAAACCAACUGGAAACAAUGUGUUUGGAAAUCAACAAGUGAUGCUGAUAACGGAAAAAUUAAGGUAAACAAAGAUUUUACAAGAUAAUAAAUAUCAUAUGAAGUAAUGAUUAAUAGGCGGUGUCUAUGUUUACUAAUUGGAAAAUAGCUUUAACGCGUUUUAUAAGAUUAAAGCAAGAAAAAUAUAAUAGGCCGUAAGGAGGGUAAAUUUCCCUUUCCCCAGUCAGCUCUCUCGUGCCCCAUGCUACUCACGCUGCGCUCAGUUACGCGAUAAUUGCGUUUCGAGAUCAGCAAGUAAGUCCACAUACUGUCUGGUUGUUUCAAUUAACUUACUUAUUAUUUUCCAGUGACUCCGCAAUUGCGAACUUGUUCUGCCUUACACAAACUAAAAAUCUCACCCGGGCCCACUUUCCAUGAAGUAAUGUAUGACUACAAGAGUUUGGUAACAUUACUUUCUACUUUUGAUUUGAUUCUAAAACAGGACUGUUCUUUCAAAAAGCAGCAAUCUAAUUCAGCGCUCAGAGUCUCAUUCCAGGGAACUUUACGUCUAUAUAGUCAUCGCAAGUGUAGCCGCUGGUAUUUCAAGUUUAACGGAAACGAAUGUAGUGGACCAAUGACGAUUGAGGCAGUCGUGUACAGCUUCUGGCCAUCUGGGAGCAUUCCUGACCUGCACUAUCAUCGAUCAUUUGAGGGGUACUGUGAGAAUAUCCCACAAGGUGCAGUUAGAGUGGAAUUGUGGGUAGGACAGUGUAGUGGCUACACCCUGGGUGAUGCUUACACUGGGUGGAACUCAGUGUCCCGGAUAAUGAUUGAAGAAGUAUCUAGGCCCCAGUCCUAAUAAAGGAGUCUCAAUUUUUCCUGUUUGUUUGUUUUUUUUUGCCGCUGUGGUUUUUCCUCAGAAAAGUAUGUUCAGACAUGCAUGUUUAAAGGUCUGUAUCACGAUGCCUUCUUGCGUAAUUUGUUUUGUUAUAUUUGAAAAGUUCUGGGUGC